AUGGGUCGACGCGAAGACGAUGACCAGGCGGCGGAUGAGGAACUAGUGGAGGAGCUGCCCGCUACCGUCUCCACAGAAAGCUCCCUGGCCGCCUUGGAUAACGCUGACCACGAUGAGGACCACGGCGGCACGCAAUCAUCCCACCGGCUGCUAGCCUACAGCGAUGCGCUCCUCUCCAUCAUCGCCACCGUUAUGAUCCUUCCUGUGGCGCACACCAAGAUGGAGGACGACAAGGGGCUAGAUAAUAACCUUCAGCUUUUGUUGGGCACUAAGACGGCCGUCUUCUUGAUGACUUUCCUCAUUGUCACUAUGGCUUGGGCGGCGCACAUCAGGUUAUUCCAGGUGAUCGUGCGGAUUGACGAUACUCUGGCCUUGCUUAAUCUUGCAUGCAUGAUGCUGAUCACCCUGCUGCCGUACACGUUUUCUCUGAUGGCAACCUUUCCCACGCACAUCCUGGGAAUACUUUUGUUCUGCGGCUGCGUGAUAGUCAUCGGCAUCAUUCAGUCGGGGAUCGUGCUGUACGCUUUCAGUCGCCCGUUCCUGCUAAAGGAUGAGAUCCGAGCGUGUGAGGAAUGCAAAAUGUACAAAAUUCACAUCCUCAAAGUGCUCCUGAGGGUUCCUCUCAUGUGUUUCCUGGCUGCAAUUUGCUCCUUCUUCUGCUACCAGCUGUCGUACGUGUUGCUGACUGUGGUCAUCUUCCUUCCGCACAUCUCCCGCGGCCUCUUGUGGUGUCGGGACAAACUCCUCGGUCCUACGGAGGAUGACCCUGAGCUGUUGAUGUUCGGUGCUUUCCUACCUAGCGAGCCACUGAGUAAGGAGCGCGUGGAGGCCUUCAGUGACGGCGUCUACGCCAUAGUGGCCACGCUACUUAUCCUGGACAUUUGCGAAGACAACGUCCCCGAGCCGGCCUUGGUGCAGCAGCGCUUCAAUGGCAGCCUGGUGGCAGCGCUUCGCUCGUACGGGCCCGAGUACAUGGCCUACUUCGGAUCCUUCGCCACAGUGGGUCUGCUGUGGUUCGCUCACCACUCGCUCUUCCUCCACGUGCGUCGGGCCACCCGCGCCAUGGGCCUGCUCAACACGCUGUCCCUGGCCUUUGUGGGCGGCCUGCCGCUGGCCUUCCGGCUGACUCACGAGCUUCCCCGUGCGGCGUUACGGGACGAGCGCCGCGCCGUGCAGGCCGCCUGCGUGCUUGUGUUCGGCGCAGGUAUUUUCCAGCUGGCCACCUGGGUGGCGGCUCUGAACGGCGACGGGCGGAAGAGGCUUUCUCCGCUCGUUCGCUACGGCGGCCCCGAGCACGUCUUCAUGCUGGCCAAGCUAGCUUUAUACCCGUCCGUCGCCCUCGGCGCUUUUCUGCUCUCGUGCGUGCUGAGCAACUUCAGCGUCACCAUCUUCCACCUCAUGGAAAUAAUCACCCCAUUCGCCUUCUUGCUGCUUAGGUUGAUGGUGCAAAUCGUCCUCUCCCUGCUCAGACGCCUGUCGGCGGUGUCGUACGACCCGCUCAUUACCUAG